AUGGGGGCAAGUGCGGAAAGCAAUGGCAGGAAUUCUGAGCAAAUUAACUCGUGGUACACAAUAGAAGCAGGUUGCUCUGAAUCGAUGACCGGAGGCGCACGCAGCCCAGAAGUGCGAAACAGUUCGAACAUGUCAUCGAGUUAUGAGUUUGAUUAUUUUACUGGUGCGUCGCACAAGUUCGACGGUGCGACUCACAAGUCGGACAGUGCGUCGCAUGAAUACAGCAGUGCGAGGCCGACGAGUGCACAGUCGGAGAGACGGGAACGAAUGGACUACCGCGUAUUGAACGAACAGGAAUGGAAAGACUGGCUAGAGAUCCGUUCCAGAUUCCAGUACGAUACGCUUCUUGACAUGUACGACUUGGGCUCAGGAGGCUUGGGCUCAACAGGUUUAGGUUCAUCUGGCUUGGGAGCCGUAGCGCGGACGGGGAGCAACAGCUCGGAGAUAGAAACAAAUCCUUUAGAGGUUGAGGUGAUGGUUUUGAAUAACAGCAAGGCCGAGGACUCCCUGGAAGGGGGUCAGGUGGAGCUGGUUGUAAGCGAGAAGGAAAUGGACGCCUUGGUGGAGAAUAAGUGUGUGUUAUUGCCAACAUUCGUGACGACGGACUGCGACUCGGAACAGUACGUGCUCCGGACACGGCCGCGGUGGCGGGGGUUCCGACGGUUGUUGUUGUCUAGACGGACUUCCGUGCGUAAGCUGAUAGGUUCGUUUUGGGAUAGUCGGCGGUUCAUCCCUACGUUGUUGGUGAGUGGGAAGUAUUAUUCGUUGGCUAUGUGUGCGAAGCAGGGUAAGGCAGGUGCUCUGGAUAGCGGGGGUGUGGAGUCGAUGGAUGUGGAGGAGCCGGCUGACGUGGAGAUAGGCGAUCUUGCUGGCCAGGUUCGUUUCCUGUUGGUCGACCUAAAGUCGAACAAGGUAGAGAUGGUGCUUGUACCGGAACGAGCGUCUCGGUCGCCGGAGAAGGAGCGUGCAGCGGCCCUGUGUGAGAGCGGGUUGUCUGAGCGGAUUUUGGCGAGUGGCGGCGUGUGCGGUCUGUCGAAUUUGGGCAACACUUGUUACAUGAACAGUGCGAUUCAGUGUUUGUCUCACUGCGUUCCGUUGACCUUGUGGUAUCUGAACGAGCGCUACAAAAGCUGCAUUAACCAGGACAACCCGUUGGGGACGGGUGGGCGGUUGGCGAGUGCUUACGCGUCGACGUUGCGCAAGUUGUGGACGGUGGGCGCGCGACGUUGCGAACCGAGCGCACUGAAGAAGGUCGUAGGUGCGUACUGUCCCAUGUUCCGCGGCUACGACCAGCAGGACGCCCAGGAGUUCAUCGCAUAUCUGCUGGACGGACUGCACGAAGACGGGAACGUGGUGACGAGCAAGCCCUACGUUGAGAAGCCCGAGAUCGUCGUAACCCAGGACGGCCAGGUCAAUGUAAACGGCUACGGCAAAGAACGCGUCGCUCGUAGUCUGGCUCCUGCCGGCAGUCUGGCAACAGCCGGCAGUCUGGCAGCUGCUGAAGACGUGGUGGAGGACCUGUUGGGUGAGUGUGCUUGGGAAGGGCACGUGCUGCGUAAUAAGUCGCACGUAGUGGACCUGUUUCAUGGGCUGCUCAAAUCGCGACUACAUUGCGACGUGUGUCGCACAACACUAGUAACAUAUGACCCGAUGAUGUACGCAAGUUUAACGAUCCCGCGGUUCCGCACGUGUGUGUUCGCUGUGGCUUUAUUCAUGCCGCGAUAUGUCAAGGCCAUCGCCUUCUACCUGGCUGUCGACUACCGUGAGGAAGUAAUUAUGACUGCUGGGUCGGUUGCUGACCAACUGACCAUCAUCGUGGAAAAAGAAGAACACCAAAUCAAGUCCAAAAUCCUGGAGUACUUCAACCCUCCCGUCGACGCUCCGGCCCCCACCGCAGAUUCGCCCGGCUCCUCUCUCCCCAGCUCCGGACCAGUCUCACGCACACGCAAAAACGUACCAGAGUUCCGCCACUGCCAGGCAGUAGUCAACGCCGUAUUCAUCAAAACACCUACUAGCGUUCAACGCGCCUUCAGCUCAGACAGCCAAGACAACAAACGCAAGAAAUUGCGCUCUCCACAUGACGAUAGCGGUCCACGCUACACCUCCAAGAUACACGUCGUACCCGCCCUCUGCAAUCCCGACGGCCUCUCCGCCAAUGCAGACUAUAACAGACUCCUCAUCACCAUCACACCUGCUUAUGAACCCCCUCCCGCCGGCGAACUCUGGACUCACGCAGCCACCACCACCGGCCUCCCCACCGCCUCCUCCUCCUCCUCCUCCGCUGCCGCCAGUCCCCCACUACCUCCUCUCAAUGGGGGGCUGUCCAACGGCGGCCAACCAUCUACUGGGUCGUCCUCGUUCUACAAUGGCACAUUGAUUCCUACGGAGCGGUCAUCACUCGGCCCGAAACGCCGGCCAUCCUACCCUUUGCUGCUAUCGUUUUGUUUACCCUACCCCACGACAUUGAUCCUCGGUCAGACAUCCAUGACCUUUCAAUAUUAUGCGCCGCUGCAAGAUAACACUGACGUCGGAGCCCUUGUGGCCAAUAUCGUCGUCCCGCAGCUCAUGGAAGACUACUCCAAGUCCGUGUGUCGGCUCUGUAUUCCCAGAGAAGGCAACGCGAGAUCCAAACUGCGGGCCAGAGUCGAAAAAUUGCUGGCGAAAUCGGAGUACGUAAUUAGUGCUGUCACUCGCACACGUGCGCGGAAGCAAGGCAGAGGUUCCCGAAGCACCUCUGUAAAGCGCCGAAGCAGCUACGGCUCUGCUCAUAACGCUAGCGGCGGCGAAGUUAGCCAAAGCGACGAAGCGGUGGACAAACCGGUUAGGUUCUACGCCAACCAGUACUCCAGACAACCGUCCGACGGCACCCCACCAGACCAGUCGAUGGAGGCCGAACCGCUCCUAGGACAACAAUGGAUAGACCAGUUCCGUCUGUCUGAUUCUUCCCUGAAUCACUUGUGCUUCACUGUUCCUGACUUCGACUUGGCGAACCUCGGUUUUGGUGCGACUCACAAUCCGCCGAUUCUCAGUGGCUGUGACAUGACGCGAGUUGCAAACGAAUAUCAGCUUUUCGAAGUGGUUCGCAAUGACCUCCCAGACAUUCCCCAAGACAUAGCGGAGACCUGCAGUUGGCUAAAGAAGCACAUAGCUCCCAGUCCAAGGCCUGGUCCGCCGGUUUACCAGUGGAAAUACACAUUGAAAGAAGAGAGGUAA